UUCUUAUUAUUUUUCACUAGACAUUUUGUACUUAUUCAAUAUGCAAUUACGAUAUUUUCUACCACUGUGUUUACUACUUAUUGGUUUAAGCUUGUUGCAACAAUCAUCCUGUCAAAGCGAUUACGAAUAUCCAGACUACGGAGACGAACCAUGCUCGGGUGGAAUAACGAUCAACGACGCUUCUUCUGGUACAAUACAGUCCACUAAUUAUCCACAAGCUUAUUUCGAAUUAGAAAAUUGCACCUGGAUAAUUGAGACACCAAACAACACGAGAAUUGCAGUAAAGUUUUCUCCAUUAUUUUCAAUUGAAAUUGGAAGUGGAGUAUGUCGAGAUUAUUUAUUGAUUGAAUAUGGGGGCACUACAAUGAAAAUGUGUGGAUCUGGCAUCACUCCCAAUAGUUUUAUUACGGACACAAAUACAAUGGGAAUCAACUUUGUCAGCAAUGAAAAUAUUGAAGGGGCAGGGUUCUCUUUUAACUGGACUACAAUCGAUGUGCUCAGCAUUCCAAGUUCACAAGAAGUAACGUUAACCGAGAAUCAAGGAACGAUAACUUCACCUGGUUUUCCAGCCAAUUAUCAAAAUUUAUUGAAAUAUUCGUGGAAGUUGAUGGUUGAUGAUGGAAAAUACAUUGUUGUUGAGUUCGACACAAAUUUAGACAUCGAAUCAGGUACUGAUGGAAGAUGUACAUAUGAUGCACUGAGAAUUUAUAAAGGAACAACUGCAGAUUCCAGCAAUAUUCUGAAGACAAUUUGUACAAAACAAGCAAGUCCGAUUGUUUUAAAAAGUAAUGAAAUAUUAGUUGAAUUUACUUCGGAUGUAUCGGGCUCUGGAGCAGGAUUCUCUUUCGACUAUAAGACUGUUGAUUCUGCGGAAUGCCAAAGCCCGAUAUACGUAGACGGGUCUUCUGGGGUGAUUUCUUCGCCUUAUUAUCCUGUUCCGUACGAAAACAGUUUGAACUGUGUGUGGCAUAUUUCUGUGUCAGUUGGGGAGAGAAUUGCUGUUCAAUUCCACAAUGUUUUCUUUGUUAAACCAAUAUCCUCAUGUACGACUGAUUAUCUGCAAAUUUUUGAUGGAUCAUCGAUUUCUUCCAAACAGUUUCAGCACAAUUUUUGCGGUGAACAUGCACCAAGAGGAUUUCUGUCAUCAACAAAUCAUUUGACGUUAGUUUUCAACAGCGGCACUUUAGCUGGGGAUGCAGUUGGGUUUUCUUUAAAUUGGACAUCAGAAGUGGAAUGCGCCAGCAAUUUAUUUCAAUGCUGGGAUGGAAGUUGUGUUGAUAUAACAUAUAAAUGUGAUGGUAAAAUAGAUUGCCCAAAUGAUCCUGCCGACGAAGCAUCAUGUGCCUCUACACAAGCGGAAAAUGAAUGCGGCAAGCCAGAAAUUGCGGCUGAUUUUAUAUGGGAACACAGGAUAAUAGGUGGAUCCGCGGCAAAGCAAGGCUCAUGGCCUUGGCAGACUGGUGUAUUAUCUGCAGGAAAGAUGGUAUGCAGCGGAGUCUUGAUUUCUGACGAAUGGGUGAUGACUGCGGCACAUUGCAUAACCAAAGGAUACACGAUGUCCGUUGUUUUGGGUGAUCAUAAUACCACAACCAUUGACGUCACAAAAGAACAGAUAAUCACAGCAGAUGAAAUUUACGUUCAUCCGAAAUAUAAUCAUCACAACUCUCAAGGAUAUCUUGAAGGCAACGAUAUAGCUCUUCUCCAUCUUUCCAAUGAAGCAAAUAAUACAAAAUGGGUAAAAAGUAUUUGUCUGCCUACUCGGAAUCCAGAGACAGGAGAGACCGCUAUUGUGACUGGAUGGGGUCGUAAUUCAUACACUGAAACUGGUUUAUCAGAAGUUUUACGACAAGUUCGUCUUCCUGUAUUAAUGUUGGACCAAUGCAAUAAAUCGUUCAGUGAACUUUCACCCACUACACUUCUCCCGACAUCAACAAUAUGUUUGGGCGUCGAUGGUGCUGGAAUGGGAGCUUGCCAGGGUGAUUCAGGAGGACCAGCUGUGAUACUGAAUAGUAAUUCGAGUUGGGAAGUCAUCGGAAUUAUUUCCUUUUCUCAUCAAUGUGGAGCCCAAGGCAAACCAACAUAUUUGACUAGUAUUCCGGCUUUUGUUCCUUACCUACAACCAUUUUUACAAGACGGUCAGCCAGGUCCUAUAAAACGGGCAUUUGUGAUAAAUGCAGAAAGUCAAAAUGGAUCGUUGAUAUUUCCCGCAUUAGACUACGAAAACUAUCCAAAAUAUCCACAAAAUGUGUUCUACCAAUGGUUCAUAAACGCUCCAUCAAACAAGAGGAUUACCAUUAGAUUCGGUGACUCGUUCAAUAUCGAAUUUGGCGGAGAAUUUUGUCCAUAUGAUUACAUGGUUAUUUAUGACGGUUCGUCUACGGCAGCAAGAAAGUAUUUGGACAAAAGAUUUUGCGGUUCAUUUGCCCCACCCGAUUUUGAAUCGUCAUCAAACUCGAUGAUAAUUGAAUUUUCAAGCGACAAUUCUUACGAAGAAACUGGGUUUUCAAUUUCUUGGUCUCUUGAUGAUGAUUGCUCACCAGAAGAAUUCCGAUGUUGGAAUAAAAGUUGCAUACCAUCUGAUAAUAAGUGUGACGGAAACAACGAUUGUUCAGAUGGAUCAGAUGAAAUUCUUUGUGCCCUUGCACAAAACGUAUCUGCUGAAUGUGGAAAAGCUGAAGAAUCACCUGUUAUUCCGUGGUAUCCAUUACUUGUCGGAGGCAGUAAUGCGGCCGAGGGAAGUUGGCCGUGGCAAGUCGAACUAUUUGAAUCAGGUAGUACAAACUUAUCCUGUGGAGCAACUCUCAUUUCUCAAAGUUGGGUUCUAACAGCCACACAUUGUAUUGACGAAUCAAAAUCUUAUGAUGUAGUCGUGGGGGAUUUUGACCUUAGUUAUAUCAGUCUGAACGAAAGAAGAAUUAGUGUAGCAAAGCUAUACAAAAAUCCAGAUUACAUAAGCUCAGGAAUUGAUGACAUAGCUUUAUUGGAACUGUCUCAAGAGGCAAAAUACUCAAAAUGGAUUAAGCCUAUAUGCUUACCUUCAUUGAACGACGUUAAUCCAGCUGUUGGAUCUACUUGUAUUUUGACGGGUUGGGGAAUUACAUUUGCUGCUCCAAAUCUGCCAGGACCAAGAUAUCUUCAGCAAGUUGAACUAACUGUGCUAAGUGACGCUGAUUGUAUAGAUAACUUCAGACUAGUAGUUCCGGGUUAUCCUCUGACUACCUUACCAAACAACCUGAUUUGUGCAGGACAUAAACAUAAAAGAGCUAACGCUUGCUUGAGAGAUUCCGGUGGUCCUCUCCAAUGUCUCGUAGGCGGUUCUUGGCAACAAUACGGAAUUGUUUCGUUUGCAUCCAGCAUUAUGUGCGGAGAUCACAUCUUCUUUGAAAGAGUUUCAAGCUACAAGAAUUGGAUAGACGGAACUAUAGCACGAAGUCAAUGCGAAGAUCGUCAAGUUCAGGAAGGAGAAUCGGGGGAAGUUGAAAUUCCAACAGUUGACGGAAAAUAUCCAAUCAAUUUUGUUUGUUCUUGGCUUCUACGUGCCCCAGCCAACAUGCUCAUUGAUGUAGAUUUUCAAUAUUUUGAUGUUGAAGCCUUCCCAACAUGCACAUACGACUAUGUGAAGAUAUAUGACGGGAAUAGUGAAAGUUCCAGAAAGAUAUUUGAUGAAACCCUAUGUGGUAAUAAUAAAACAAUUCGUAGCUUUGAAUCAAGUUCAAAUGAACUUUUAAUAACUUUUCGAAGUGACGAAUCAGCAACGAACGCCGGAUUUAAACUAAACUGGACAGCAAUUCCUGCGUGCCAGCCAAACGAAUUUCGAUGUUGGGAUCGAUCGUGUAUACCAGAUGACAAACAAUGCAACGGAAUCAAAGAUUGUCCAAACAACAGAGAUGAAAUUGAAUGUCCUCACGUUAACAAUGUUGGUUUCUGUGGAACGCAAUUUGAAGCUCCGCAUUUUCUUUGGACACCUCGUAUAAAUGGUGGAAGCUAUGCAGUUCAAGGAUCUUGGCCUUGGCAAGUUUAUGUCAUAGAUGAUCGCGGUGAUUAUAAAUGUGGAGGAUCAGUAAUAGACAAGGACUGGGUAUUGACCGCUGCGCACUGCACAUAUUUCCCGACAAUAACGGUAGGAAUCGGAGGCUACAAUUUGACGAAUCAAAAAGACGAUCAAAUCAUUAAGGUUAAAGAAGUUUACAGACAUCCAAAUUAUGUUAAUUCAGCCAUUGGAAAUGGAUAUGAUAUUGCACUUUUCAAACUGGAAAAAAGCAUUACAUUUGGACGUCACGUUCAACCAAUAUGUAUAGCAACGUUGGGCAACGUCGAUGCAAUAUCUGCAGACCAUAAUUGUAUUGUUACAGGAUGGGGAUUAACUAAAAUCGGCGGUGUAGUUUCACAAGUUCUCCGACAAGUACGACUUCCAAUAAUGCCAAAUGAACAAUGUGAAAAGGCAAACGGAAAAGCAUUUAACACAGAUUUUCUGUUUUGUGCCGGAUACUUUGAAACAGGCGGGGCCGACUCAUGUCAGGGUGACUCGGGAGGCCCACUUGUUUGUUUGAAAGACAAUAACUGGUUUCAAUAUGGCAUCGUAUCGUAUGGAUCAGAUGGUAGUUUUUGCGGAAGACCUGGGGAAGCCGGAUUUUAUACAACAGUAACAUAUUACGAAGAAUGGAUACAAAAUAUGACCAAUGGUACAGUUCCUGUAAUCCCACCUCCAGUGACAGCCCCCUCUUCACUUCCAACAACAAUAGGAAUAAGUGAAAAUGCAACAACAAUAAACAACAUUUCUAGUAAAUACGAUGCAACUUCUUGGCCAACAUCGGGUUCAGGAGAAGUUUCUAGUAAAUACGAUGCAACUUCUUGGCCAACAUCGGGUUCAGGAGAAGUUUCUAGUAAAUACGAUGCAACUUCUUGGCCAAUAUCGGGUUCAGGAGAAGUUCCCACAGAAUUCUAUUCUACCCCAUGGACAGCAUCGGCUUCGAAAACAUUCAACUCUACUGCGUCAAUGUUUCAUUCAAAUAUAACAGCGACACCAUCUUCAACAAAAGGAUCGUCAUUGUCAACGACAAGUUCAUCAUUUGCACUGAUGCCAUUAUCGUAUUGUUUUUAUUUUUUUGUAACUUUUGUCGGACUAAUUUUUGAAAUUUUCACAAACUGUUACGUUUCUUGAGUGAUGAAAACAAUAUUAACAAUUAUUGAAUAUUUGAAAAUAUGACGUUGGCCUUCUAGAAGUAGUCGAGCGACCGAUUUUAUUUCUUUAAAUAUUUUUAGCAUUAGGCAAUAAUCAAUAAAUCAUAUUAACAGUAUAUUCUGUGUAAACAUUUUGUAUCAUUGUUCUUGUUUAAUACAUAGUGAUAAUGGUAACACUUCAGCACUUCAAAUCAGACUCAGCAAUUGUAAAUGUUCUCUUCAAUCCGCUCAACUCGCAUACUAUGUAACAAACUGGAAAGUACGUGGAUAUUCCGAUUUCGGAAAAAUUUAUUUGAAUCUUAUUCAAAGCCUUGUGUGUAAAAAAAAAACUGGAAAUGUCAAUUUCGUAUUUUUAUUUUUAACAUUAGCUCAGUCAUACUUUUUGCAUGUAUUUGCAUCUGCCCUAGAAGUAAUAUUCUUAAAUCAAACAUUUCACGGGUUAGCUUGGUGUAAGUUUUAUUGGUUCAAUUAUAUUUUACUUUAUUUAGUAUUAAGUAUACUGCAUUAUGAAUUCUUCAAUACUAACGCACUUAUUUUUGUGUUUAAAUUUAUGUUUUGUAAUGUAUAUUUUUGUAUGGUAUAUAUAUAUACGAAUUUUAGAAAUUUAUCGAAAACGCAAAAUUUGUAUUGAUGGUCAACUGGUCAUAUAUGAAUAUCAAAUAUAUUAUUUGGUAACCUAUUCAAAGCAUUUGGGCAGUCUGUAAUUGUUGGUGAAUUUAUUCAAGUGCCGUCGCCCAUAUGAAAAACAUCUUUGUCUAUCAAUACCUAAAUAUCAAAUGCUAUAAAAUGAAAUAGCAGUAGCAUAGCUCAUAACAUUGUUGCAAUUUCUAAUUUGAUUUAAAUAUCACCUUCAUCAUUGAUUUAUUUACAUUGCCAUAUCAUUUUAACUGAACAUACAUUUUUCAUAAAUCUAUAGAUCUACUUGUGUUUAUGUGUCUAAAAUCUGAGUAUUGAUUUCGUAACAAAUUAGAGUAAACGAUUUUCCUGCCUUUUCGAGGAACAAUAAAGUCUUUUCAUAUCUGUGUGCUUCUUUUUAAACCAAAUAGGCUAAAUUAAUCACCGUUCACAAAUAUAUUUCUUAUGUAGCUGUAUCCAGACCGUCUCUAGUUGAGCUUCUGCAAAGUGGGUACUGCGACUGCAAGACUGCUAAUAUUAUCAGACAGUUACUGAG